AUGCAGCUUAUCAGGCCUGGCAACUCAGACUAUGCGCUGGAUACAGCAGCCAGUAUGGCGGACAGCGAGAGUGAUUUGGAAAUAGACGGGCUUGAAACAGCUCUAGACACAUUGUGUAUCAGACACUGCAGCGAUGCGUCCUCUCUAAAGAGCAAAGAGUACUGUUCUGAGUUUUGUGAGUUGGUUGAGGAGUACACUGGUCAAUGGCAAGUUCCUCUCCCUCAGCUGAAGGUGCUGCGGACAGCACUGUGCCGUUUCACUAAAGCCACUGCUGCCUUCCCCGAUGACUGUCAGCACAUACACUAUGUUCUCAGCAGUCUGGCCCUGAGCUUCUUUGAACUGAUGCUAUUUUUCAGCAAAGAAGAAUUUGGGGAAGAGCCUUUAAAAGACAUCCUUGAUUCUUUUAAGGAGUGUCAUUCCCAACUCCUGAGGCACAGGAACAUCCACCUUCAUCAUUUAAAACAGAUCAUCAAAGCAGGAGGCCCAUGGGAGAAUCCAGUGCUGCAAGGAAUCCUGAAGGAGACAGACUUGUCUCCAAAAGAAGUUGAAGAAUACUUGAGCUCAGAGUUGCCAGUAUUCUUGGAGCUCCGGGUUCGCUAUCUGCAGGCCUGUGAAAGAAUACAGGAGGCAAUGGCCCUGGCAAAAGGCUGCCUGGAAAACCACAAGGCUGGAAGUCAUCUGUACUUCCACCAGGCUUACCUGACCUGCCUCUACAAGACCUCUCUGCAUGAACACCUUCAUAAGGAGAUGGCAGAGAUUGAUGGCCGUGAUGCAGUGGAAAUCAUCUGCAACACAGAGAGUGUUGAAAAGGAUGAUCUUCUGUUGUCGAUGUGUAAAGCUUUCCUUACUCAGCAGUUACACAAUGGAGACAUGUAUUACAUCUGGGACCUAGUGUUCAUCUGGAGCAGGCUGCAUCUCAGGGCCUAUCCCUCCAGACAAGGCUUCCUGGCUGAGUGCUUGCAGCUGGCUUCUUCUGCUACUAACCUCAGAGCCAUCUUUCCCUUCAUCAAACUGGUCACCACAGAGCUGGGUGGUGAAGGAGUUCACGUCUGCUUGGAGCUUUGUGCAAGGGCCUUGCAGCUGUGUGACAAGCAGGCCGAUAGUGUAACCCAGUCACUGGUCUGCAAGACCAUCGCCUUCCUUCUGCCCCAUGACCUGGAGAUCUGUCGAGCAUGUGCCCUGCUGGCCUUCUGCCAGGAACGGAGCCUGGAGGCUUACCGCACUGUUUGCCUGCUUCAUAUGCAUCCUGACCAGGAGCCGCAUCCCAACAACAGCCCUGUCCGAACCAGUGUUCGGUUCCACAUUCUGCAGAUGCUCAAGGAACGCCUGUGUUUUGACCCUGAGUUUUGGAACCUCCUGACAAUCAGGACACACUGCUUGGAGUUGAUGAGUGACAAGGUUAUGAAGGCUGCUGUUCUCAAUGAUAUGAGGGAAGAAGAGGAGAAGGAACACCAUCAAGAGCUGUUAACAAAUAACUGUGUACAUGACACACACACUCAAGGUUUCAAUUCCUGUGAGUGCGCUGAAGCUGCUUCUGUGAACAGAACCCCUCCAGAAGAGAAGACUUUAUAUGGGAAGACAGGAAAGUGUGUUGCCCCAUCAAAUAAUGCUCUUCUGAAGGGGAGAAGAUGGAGAAGAAGCCUGCGAAGGAAAAAACAAUCUGUGUCCGAUGAUGAGGUUGAUGUGGGUGAUGAUCCAGAGUUCAAAUACAAUGUCAAAUCUGCCUCUUCAGGUAGUAAGCCUAUGUAUUCACUAAGACGCAAUCACACUAACGUAGAAAAUUCUGCUCCUAUGAAGCUUCCUCUAAAACGCAGUAGAGAAUACUUGUCCAGAUGUGUGAAGAGCCAAAUUUUGAAAAGGAAAGGCCGGAAGAAAAGAUGGUUGCAGGGUCUUCCAAUCCUGGAGCAGGUCCAGACGGUUAAAGAGAAGAAGGUCAAAGUUAAAGGAAAAAAACGGGGAAGAAAGCCUUUACAGAAGCUGGAACUCUCUUACCCUGAAAAUGAACUAUACCUCACUGAGGGGGAGAAUGGUUUUGAGGAGGAAACUGACACAGAAGACCAAGAGCAGGACAUGCCUCACCUGGAGAACGAACUUGAAAAAGAGAGUGAACAGAAAGAGAAUCAGUCGGAGCAGAUGCAUAAGCUUGAGAAGGAAAAUGGACUCGAGAACCAAACUGACUGGGUUUGUGGUGUCAGACUCAUUGAACACAUUAAAGAGGAAUCUCAAACACAGUUGGUGUCCAAGCUCGGUGAAAGUUUACCAAGUGAGCCUCAAGCUGUUGUUCCUGCUGUUGAAGCUGCUCCUGAACUUGAUGGGCCACCUUUAGAAUUAUUGGAUUGUCCCGUUGAACUGUUACACAGUUACUCUCUCAAAUCCAAAAGGCCUGACACUGAGAAACCGAUCCCUCCAGAAGCUUCAGCUUCAGCAUCAGGAUCAGAUGAACUGAAUGGUGACACAGAACAGAAGCCACAACCCACAGUGACCACAGAGGAAUCAAACACUGAGGUGAAAACCAAGAGAUCAUGGAAGGACAGAGUACUCCGCACUCAACAGUAUGCCCACUUGAUGUAUCAUUGCAACUUCUGCCGCAAAGACUACAAAGGCUUGAAUGUUAUGAGGCAUGCUCUCUCACACCUCAAAAGUAGGAAAUUAAGGUGUAUACUCUGUGGAAAACGCUUUAAACAGCUUACUUUUGCCAAAAAGCAUGUUCUGGACCACAUUGAGGAAAUGUGCAAGCAUAAACCCAAUGAUAAGAAACCAUGCACUGAGGACACGCCGGCUACUAAUGGAAUGGUAGAUAAUGUGAAAACUCAGAGCCAGCCUCAGGAUAAAAAUCAGACUUCCAUUCCUGAUAGGGAAACUCCUAAACAGAAACCCAGCAGCAAAUCUAAAGUGUCCAGCCUCAAGAGGGAAGAGCGAAUUAUCAGAAACCUCCGCACUCUAAUCAAAAAGACAUCUGUGCUUCACAAAAAGUGCAAGAACCCUAACUCUAAUAUAUUCAAGCUGGUGGACUUCAAGGAUGAGCAGGUGGUCAUUAAAGAUGGCCUGGUGAUUUUAAAAGAUCCGACUGUGAUGAGAACAGAGGGAGAAGGAGAAGAGAAGGAAAAGCCAGCAGAGGAGAACGGCUAUGGUGUGGACAUCACAUAUCAUUUGUGCCCCUCAGUGUCCUGUGAUAGAGUGUUCUUGAGGAUCAGCACCACACUGACAAAGCAUGCUAUUAGGUGCCAUAUUGAUGAAGAAAAGGUGCUUGAGAAGACGUUUGUUUGGGCCAAGCACAAGUGCUCCUUCUGCCUCAGGCAGAUACAGUUUCUCCAGCAUUAUAAAGACCACAUGAAGCUCCACGACAUGCCUCUUCGACACUUCUGUUACCAUAUAGAGUGUAACCAGCGCUUCAUGACACAGCAGGAAUUAAAAGACCAUGUGAUUAUCCACCAGCCCUUUAGACCCCAGUGCCCUUUCACAAACUGUGAGAAGCUCUUCUCAAGCCUCCAGGGUCUCUAUGACCACGAGUGGAGACACUAUAUCCCAGCACCACAAAAAGACGAGUUAGAGUUGGGACCCAGCAAACAGAAGGAACAAAAUUCUGAAGCUCCCUGGAAGCAGAGGGUGAGGGUCGAGGAGAUAUGGCUGCAGAGUAAAAAGGGGCAGAAGGAGAGUCUCAGUCCUGAGUCAGUCUCAGAAACCUCUAAUCUUGGAGUCGAGGUCAAGGAAAUAAAGCAAGAACCAAUUUGGGAUGGAAAUAUCAAGGUAAUAAAGGAAGAACCAGCUUGGGAUGGAAAUCAAGACCUGUCUGCUAAAUCAGAGAUACCCUUCAGUCAUGAGGACAUGGAUGACAUCAAACCCCCCAUCAAUGGACACGAGGAUGUGACAAGUGACCAAGCAUCGGAAAGCAAGGUUUUCUCUUCCGAUACUAAUGCUGCUGCAGCCACUCCGAGAAAGAGGUGUCAAAAAAGAACAUCCGUCGAGUUGGACCCCUUGAAUGUCAAAGACCUUGAGGACAUAUCCACUUUGGCCGAGGGAGUCCAGCAGAAACUGGGAGAGCCACACAUCACCGAACACAAAUCCUUCAAACCCGAAGAUCCCUCUUACGCGCCCUUCGUCAAAGCCCCCUUCAUCCGGCCGCCACCCUCCACCUACUUGGAUGAAUCUCUGCUCUCAAUGCGCAAGAGGAGGUCCACCGAAGAGGCCGCUCAAAAGAAAUAUGUUUACUGGAACACUAAGAAAAAGAAGGACCCUGACCCAGAGAAGGAGCAGCAGGUGAAUGAUGUGGCCCCCGAGCAGAAGAUCAGACAACGGUGUGGCAAAUGUCUGUCCUCCUUCGGCAGCGUUGAAGAAUUACAGAAACACCAAGCCCUUAACACCUGCUCUGCACUCUUUGGCUUUGAUUCGGAUGAUGAAAGUUAGCUGUGAGUGAAGAGGAGCUGGAAGUGGAGUGGCCAUUGUAUGCUGCCACCUGGCUCCGCUAAGUGAACACUGGAACCCUUUCUUACGACUCAGAUACAGCACUCACUGUAUUUAUUUCUUUGAUUCCAGUUCAACAGAGGGGAAGUAAGUGGUUAGCUGGAUGAUUUUAUUGUUAUUUAAUUAAAUUCAUUUCAUUUUAAAUUCAUUGGAGAAAAGAAUUUGAAGCAAUAAUUUUGACAGCAUAAACAUUUUUCCUCAGAACAUCAUUGGUGUGUGUGUUGUCCAGUAGGUAAAACAGAGCCUUGAGCAAUACCUGUGAACAGAGUUUGCGGCCCAAGACAACCUCCGUAUAAUUAAAAAAACAAACAGUUGCCCGUGUACAAAUACUUAAUCACAAACAGCCAUAAAUAAAAUAAUUUUAGACCGUGGACUUCUGCUGGACCAUACUGUGAUCAACUGACAUGUUUAAUUUAGUCUUUCAUUCAUUCAUCCUGAGUGAAAAUUAAUUAAAAGUUGGAUGUAUGGAUAAUGCAGUUUUUAGCCUUAUAAAAUGAGCCUGAAUGAUCAGAUAUUUAAACACUUGAGUAAAAAAAACACAUUUCCAGAUUUUCAACUGUAGCCACCCAACUGACUUUACAAUGAACAUAACACUUCUAUUUCUCCUAAUGUAUUUUAUAAAAACUGAGUCGGCUCUGAGGAUCUGGUCUUGAUUGAUUUACUUAUGUCUUACUGGUUAAACCUAGUGGCAGAAGCUGUCCCAUCAUAUUCAGAGUCUUCUGUCACACCUGUCUUAAUUUUAUCUGAGAAUUUUACAUGAUUACAUUAUAAGCAGUAUUAAUAACUGUGAGUGUAGCCCCCCCCCCCCCCCCCUCUGCUUUGUGUGUUUAAUUACUGUAGUCUUCCAAAUAAAUCAUGCACCAGCUUUUGUCUUUGUAGAGAGGAUGUAUAAAAUGGUUCAUUCACUGACAGUACAAUAAUGGCAGAUAUGUGGUGGUGUCAUAUCUUUAUAAUCAUAAUUGAUUGAUUCAAAGAUGUUUCAUAUACAGCAAGUGUUAAAACUGUACGAGGAGAUGUUUUCCGUAUAAUUUGUGUGGGCUGCUGUUUCUGUAUUUCGGGGUUGGGUUUGCCUUUUGUUGAUUGGUCAUCCGGGCGUGAUAAAUCAACAUGAAUCACUCAUUAAAGCCUUGACCAAAAUGUCUGAAACCAUGUAAAUCUGCCUUCAUACUGUCACAUUUUUACUCUGUACAGCAUAUGAAUUAUUCACUUUUAUUAGUGCCAAGACUUUAAAUCAGUGUUAGACUGUAGGUAAAGAUUAACUUUAAGAUCAGUAAUACAGUACCAGUUUGCUUUGAAUUUCAAAGUUAUUCAGUUUACUCAAUGGCCAUGUUAUUUCAUUCAGUAUUUCAGAUUGGUCAUUUAUGUAUAAACAUUUGCAGUGGUUGAUCUGUUUAAUAACUUUUUAUUGUAAUGUUUUUAUGGGACUGUUCCCUUAAACAUACUUAUUUAUCUGUAAAAAUGUGAAUAGGUUGAUUUGUAAAGGUAAUGAUUCCCCAUAUAUUUUUCUUAAAGAAAAAGUGAUUGAAUUUGUUUGAAUAAACAAAUGAUAUAUCUUAA